AUGGUGCUCUAUACCCUCUACAUUGUGUUCUAUAUCCUCUACAUGGUGUCCCAUAUCCUCUACAUGAUGCUCUAUAUCCUCUACAUUGUGUUCCAUAUCCUCUACAUGGUGCUCUACAUCCUCUGCAUGGUGUUCUAUAUCCUCUACAUGAUGCUCAAUAUCCUCUACAUGGUGUUCUAUGUGGUGCUCAAUAUCAUCUACAUGGUGUUCUAUAUCCUCUACAUGGUGUUCUAUAUCCUCUACAUGGUGCUCUAUAUCCUCUACAUGAUGUUCUAUAUCCUCUACAUGGUGUUCUAUGUGGUGCUCAAUAUCAUCUACAUGGUGCUCUAUAUCCUCUACAUGGUGCUCUAUAUCCUCUACAUGGUGCUCUAUAUCCUCUACAUGAUGUUCUAUAUCCUCUACAUAAUGUUCUACGUGGUGCUCUUUAUCCUCUAA